GGUCCGCGCGUCCGCGCGUGCGACUUACGCGCCUCCAACUCCAGUUUAGGUUUAGACGAUUUUCUGACGAGGGACGCGUAGGAUCGCGUAGCAUCCGAGCUGCGUCAGUAUUUCGUAGUGCGUCGACGAUCCGUCUACUGUACGUUCCUGUCAUGAACCUUGCUGUCCGGUAUUCUAAUGAUUUUUGUUCGUUGGUGUGCUCGUGACGGUAUGUGAUCUGGCUGGUUAGUGAUCGCCGACUUAUCGUAGCAUUUCCUUCCGUCCAUCCGUCGAUUCCGAGAAGCCUCACGUUUUCUAUUAGAGCGUACGUUUAGAAACGUUAGCUACAGGUAGAGCAUCGAUCAUUGGAAAUGACGAUCCGGAAAAUUUGCUGUAUCGGUGCCGGGUACGUGGGCGGUCCUACCUGCAGUGUUAUUGCCUUGAAGUGUCCGGAAAUCCAAGUGACCGUUGUGGACAAAAGCAAAGAGAGGAUCGGUCAAUGGAAUUCGGACAAGCUGCCGAUUUAUGAGCCCGGCCUGGACGAGGUGGUCAGAAUUUGCCGCGGGAAGAAUUUAUUUUUCUCCACCGACAUGCAGGCCGCGAUCAAAGAAGCCGACCUAAUAUUUAUCUCCGUGAACACACCAACGAAAACGUUCGGCAACGGGAAAGGAAGGGCGGCCGAUUUGAAGUAUGUCGAGAGCGCGGCCAGGAUGAUCGCAGAAAUUGCUACCGGGGACAAAAUCGUUGUCGAGAAGAGUACCGUGCCGGUUAGAGCAGCGGAGAGCAUUAUGAACAUUCUGCGCGCCAAUCACAAGCCAGGCGUUUCGUAUCAGAUUCUAUCGAAUCCGGAGUUCCUGGCGGAAGGGACGGCGAUCGAGGACCUGGUGAACGCGGAUCGGGUUUUGAUCGGCGGCGAGGACUCGAUCGAAGGUCACGCGGCCAUGGAGGAGUUGUGCAAGGUGUACGAGCACUGGAUCCCACGGAAAAACAUCCUUACGACGAAUACGUGGAGCUCGGAGCUAUCGAAGCUGGCCGCCAAUGCCUUUUUGGCGCAGCGCAUAUCCAGCAUAAAUUCGCUGUCGGCUGUGUGCGAGGCGACCGGCGCUGAUGUCUCGGAGGUGGCACGGGCGGUUGGCCUUGACUCCCGAAUAGGAUCGAAGUUCCUUCAUGCGUCCGUGGGAUUCGGCGGCUCCUGCUUCCAGAAGGAUAUACUCAAUCUGGUGUACAUAUGCGAGUGCCUGAAUCUGCCCGAGGUGGCCGCCUACUGGCAACAGGUCAUAGACAUGAAUGAAUACCAGAAGUCAAGGUUCUCCGCGAAAGUGAUCGAAUCGCUGUUCAACACCGUUACGGACAAACGGAUCUCUAUGCUAGGGUUUGCCUUCAAGAAGAACACCGGCGACACGCGUGAGUCACCGGCCAUUCAUGUCGCCAAGACCCUGCUCGACGAGGGUGCCAUGCUUCACAUAUACGAUCCCAAGGUAGAAGAGAAUCAAAUUAUCGAAGAUCUGACACAUCCAAGCGUAACAAGCGAUCCCGAACACGUGAAAAAAAGGAUCAAUAUUUACAAAGACGCUUAUAGUGCUACAAAAGACACACACGCCAUUGUCGUCUGCACAGAAUGGGACGAAUUUAUAGAACUGGAUUAUAAACGAAUCUAUUUUAAUAUGAUGAAACCAGCAUACAUAUUCGAUGGACGAAAAAUUUUAGAUCACGAUAUGUUGCAAAAGAUUGGUUUUAUCGUUCAAACUAUCGGGAAGCGGAUUACGAAGAUGGCAAUAUCGAGAACGUGGGGUAGCCAAACUCAAAUGUAAACGAUGCUGUGCAGAAGAAUUUCACAAAUUCAUUUCAACAACAUAUUAUGCGGAUGUUUUACUUUUGAAAUCCGAUGCUCUUGUUUGCCACUGCACAAGAAGCGAAGUAAUUGUAUAAACUAUUUUUUUAUUCGAUAUGUUUGUCAGCAUUUACUACUUACGAGAUAUCAAAAGUAGAACAACCGCGCUUGUACUAAAGUGUACCGAAACAAGAAUGUUUAAGCGGAAGUUAAUUAGUUGGUAAUGUUAAUAGUCAGAGAUAAAUACGUUUCGUCGACGUAUGCGGUAACGAAUAGAGCAACGAGAGUUGCAUCAAACGUUUGUAUACACUUUUUACAUGAUUUGAUAGUACAUAGCGAAUUAAGUUAUUCGUUACUUUGACUAGAACGAUACGCAUCGAAGCAUCGUUUGUAACUUUUUGUUAAAACUAUGAUGCAAGUUCUAUUGCAAAUUUAUCAUGGGCAUUUACACUACGGAAAGAAAUAUUACGCGAAAGAGCAAAGUAAAAUUUUAAAUAAUUUCUUUUACGUACAAUAUCGUGUAUAUGCCGAAAACCAUAAGAUUUUAAAUAAUAGUACAUUCCUGCAGAAUCGUACUUGCCUCGAAAUGUAUGCAUUUUAUUUGUAAGAUGCCGCGGUAAGUACAUAGUUCUAAGUUUUACACACAGAAUUAUUAUACCGUUCAAACAUCUUCUUUCGAUCUUUUCUUUCGCAUUUUAGAGGAAAUCUCAUAUAAGGCCCUACAACAAAUUGCGAAUCCUGUUAGAUAAUAUUUUUACACGUUCGAAUGAUUCCUAUGAAAUGGUUCUGCCAUUUUUUAAAAAUACGACGAAAUUAUUACUAAAGUAGUUCUUCCUCUCCACCGACGAAGAACACUUUAGUGCUUAAAGUAUUAUAUUUUUCUUUAUAAGAAUAGUAAUAAGUGUGAAAAGAUAAAAAGCAUAGCAAUAAUGCGAUUGUUAUCAUCGAUACGAUUGUUUGCGAAGACGAUUUUAAGAAAACGGCGAAAGACCAUAGCGUUCGCAACAAUUUUACGAAUAUUUAAUUUUAUCCGAUAUGAAAUUGUUAUAUAAACUACAUUCGAAAUUUAUUUCAUACAAUAUUAUAUCUUUGCUUUCACGAUUAUAUACGCAUAAAAUUUAUAAAUAAACGUUUUUUGAAAUUGCGUA